AUGGCAUCAACAUCACCAAUUUCACUACCCCUGUUUCCUUGCACCAGAACCAGCCCCCACCAGAAAACAAACAGGGCAUUAUCAACGAUCGUAUUGGCGUCGCUGCGGAAUGAGAACUACGGGAGAUCAGCGGUGGAUGAGAACCUGAUCGUGCUGCGGAAGAGGAUCCACGAGAUGAAGUGCGAGCUGAUGGGGUUGUUGCAGACCUGGAUGAUGGACGCGAGGCCGUGUUUGGUUUUGGUUGCAAUCGCUGCUCUUCACUCUGCUCAUUCAAUCUGCAUUAUCUCCUUUCUGAAUCAAAACAUGUUAAAGAAAAUAGCCCUCUCUACCAACACAAAGAGGCUAUCUCUCAAAUCCUCCUCGCCGGAGAACCACUCACCGCCGCCCUCCGCAGAAAUAAUAGCAAGCAAUGUGGAUCUCCUCACAGAAAUACUCCUCCUGCUCCCAGCCAGAUCACUCAUCAAAUUCAAGUCCGUAUCCAAACGAUGGCUCUCUCUCAUCUCCGACUCCCGAUUCGCCCGCAACCAUACCCACGAAAACCCCUCUCCCCUCCCCUCCGGGCUCUACUUCUACUCCCGACAAUACGCCUCGUUACCCUUAAACGAUCAAAUCACCCGUGUCUCGGUUCACGAUGACCCACGAACCAGUCUUCCGAAUCUAUCAUUCCUCGAAGAUUCAGAAUCAAGAUCUGAAACCAGAGUACUUCACUCUUCCAAUGGUUUGAUGUUGUGCUCAACUUUUGAUACCUUUAAUUACGUCGAUAAGAAUUAUUUUAUCUGUAAUUUAACCACCCAAAAGUUCACGGUAUUUCCCACACCCGUUGUAUCCGAAUCGUAUAGUGUAUUUGGAUCUUACUUGGUUUUUGAUCCAAAAAGAUCACCUCACUAUAGAGUUGUGGUGGUUAGUUUUUCUUACGACUGGAAUACUUACCAACUUGAUGCGUACUCUUCCGAGAGUGCCUCUUGGAAAAGCCCGAUUCUCGUUCCGGAGAUUCAAUACCAUGAUAGGACCGGGGUACAUGCGGCUGUCUGGAAUGGGGAACUCAUUAUGAUGCUUUGCGAUCACGGGUCGAAUUGGGAGACUUGUGCAAAGCAUGACCACUUCUACAUUCGAUUUGAUAUUGAUGCAGAGAAGCUAACUACGACUCGAGUGCCGUUCUUGGACAGUAAUCUUUCUCGAGGGGCAUUGUAUUUCGGAGAAUGUACCGGUCGUUUGCUUCUUGUACAACGUUGUUGGAAUGAUCCUGCGGAACUUGAGGUGCUUGAGAUGAUGGACGGAGAGAAUAACUUCCGGUGGAAUAUCAAAUACGUGGUAGACCUAACACCGUUCAUAUUGCCGGGCAGAAGAAGUUGUAAAUUUGUGGUGAUCGGUGUUGUGAAUAUAGGAGCAAAUGAAAAUGAACUCGCAGUGGUGUUAUAUAUCCGGGGUGAAGUCGUACAGUACAAUAUCGAGUGCAAGACGCGGAAGGUGCUUUGUGAUUUGCCCAGAGGUGACUUUUCUGCCGGCGUACGCCCACUUUUCGAAGAUACGUUUCGCUUCAUCGAAAGUCUAACGCCUCUUUGA